AAUUUGGGGGCUAUAUAACGAUGUACAUACAUUAUUUUUGUUGGCUAAGCUGCACCCGCUAUAAAAUUUUUUGGAUUCUUUUUGUUGCUAACAAACAUCAGUUUUCGUAGUUAAACUUAAAAACAAUUAUAAAUUUUUGAAAUAACGCUUAUUUAAAAAAAUUGUAAGGUAAAAAAUGAAUUUUGAAGUUUCCAAUAUUAUUCAAAAAGCAAAAUUUUUAAGAUCAUUGGGAUGCUGCUCAGUGUGUUCUUUAAGGUUAAGUGGGAUUCCAAAUAAUGAUAAUUUUCAUUCUGCCAUAACUAAUUCUGAUACGAUAAAAAAUAUUUUUGGAGACUCAGAAUCUAAUCAAACGUCCGAAAUAUGCAUUAUAUGUUUGGGAAUCCUUCAAAAUGAAAUUCAGAAUUUAUCAGUAGAGAAGAUUUCACGAGAAAUAGAACUAAGUGGGUUCGACUCUGAAGUAUUUACAUGCACGUUAAAUAUACCCAUUUCCGUAAAGUUAAGAGAAAAAUCAAUUUCGACGUUUUUUAAUCAGAAAACGAAAGAAAGCCAUUGGAAUGGUCCUAAUAUUAACAAAUAUAGUGUCAAAGAAAUUUGGAAAAUGUUAAUCUUGCCUAAAGUUGAAGAAAUGACUUCGAAACGACAAACUACCUCUCUUGCAUCUUCUCCUUUUUCUGUAAAUAUAUUUUUUAGUUAUUCCAAUGAUGAAAUCGAUUGCAAAAAUUUAAUGAAAAAAUAUCUAAAUUCUUUGAAAUUAACAAAAAACCAGAAAGAUAAUCGUUUUAGUAAAAACAAUAUUGACAAAAUUCUAAAUGAUAUCACGGAAGAAAUUGCUAUGGAGGCUUUUUCUACUCCACCACCUCAACCCCUUGUUCAUGCAGUAAUGGACAAAGUUAAAUGUACUCGUGAAAGUCUCUUUGUUGGAGGACGUUAUAUGAAAUUAUCUCGUAAAUUGAGCCAAACACCGUGGUUUGUAAAUGGACAGAAAAAAAUGGAAACUUCUGUUCAAGAUAUACUCUGUAAACAGAUCGUAAACUAUACUCGAGCUGAAUCUUUUAAAUUCCUCUCUUCUGGUCGAGAAGACAUUGAUGUGCGAACAAUAAAUAUCGGGAGGCCUUUCGCAAUUGAACUAAUAAACCCUAAAAUAACAAUAUUUUCCAGUGAGACAUUCCGAAAGCUAGUUGUACAAAUAAAUGACUCGUCAGAGCUAGUCAAAAUCAGUUCUCAUUUGAGAAUAUUAUCACCAUUCGAUUUAAAAAAACUUAAGGAAGGUGAAAAUGUAAAAAAAAAAUUUUACAGAGCCUUAUGUUUUAUUAAGUCUUCAGAAAAUUCGUUAUCAUUAGAAAAAAUCAAUUUGAUAAAAAAUUUAAAAAUAAAACAGAAAACUCCUAUUCGAGUUCUACAUAGACGACCACUAGCAUCACGUGAUCGAACAGUCCAUCAACUCCGUGCCCGAUAUUUAUCACAUGCUGAAAUAAGAGAAAUUCAGGAAAAAAAUCCGAAUAAAAAAUUUGAUUAUUCAAUCAUGGGUAAAUUUUUUAUUGUUGAUAUCAAGACACAAGCUGGAACUUAUAUUAAAGAGUUUAUCCAUGGUGACUUUGAAAGAACUAAACCAAACCUUUGUGAUCUUCUUGGCGUCGAUCUCGACAUUGUUGCAUUAGAUGUUACUAGUAUUAAUCUCCAUUGGCCAUAGUCGAAGGUUAAAAUUCUUAGUUCUCUUGAAAAAUUUUUAUAAUUUAUCAUGAAAAAUUUUUUCUACUUGUAAAAAUAAAUAUAAAUUGAAAGAAA